CUCGGUUCACUUUGGCGUCCGAGGUAGUCGACGACGCGACGGCGACGUUCACGGAUUAACUUGCUCGCUCUCGCAACAGGUGACGGAAUCUCGACUGAUUGGGUUUAAAAAGCGACGAGAGAUCUUCAACGAGAAGUCCGGGUAGCGGCUGCGACCUUUUUCCGCGUGCAAACGCCCUCGUGGAAUUACUCUCUAAGGAAGUAGGGUGGUAAGAGCGUCAGGGGAUUUCGGAAAGAGUCGCGAAAUGAGUGUCGAGGACGCCAUCAAUUACUCGCCCAGUGAGGAGGAGGACUAUUACGCUCUGUUAUCUUGCGACGAGUCUUCCACGGUCGAGCAGAUUACAGCGGAAUACAAGGUAUUAGCUCUUCAGUAUCAUCCGGACAAGAACGAUGGUGACAAGGAGGCCGAAAAGAAAUUUCAACAACUAAAGUAUGCGAAAGAGGUUCUAUGCGAUCCCGAAAAGAGAAGCAAUUAUGAUAAAUGGCGGAAUAGUGGUAUCAAAAUCAGUUACAAACAAUGGGUCGGCAUGAAGGAGCAUGUGCAGCAGACUAUGCAUUGGAGCACACCGAAAACAAAGGACAGAAUGCUGCCGGAUACGACCGAAGAGGCAGGUGGUUCACCAGCUCACGUCAAAGGUCACCCUACAAAUGCGCACAGGAGGGCUUCAGAGGGUGGUGCCAUGAAUCUCUACUACCGUUCGGGCCAUGGUGUCCCGUUCUAUCAGGAGUCCAACGAGGUUGUCAGUAAGUUUCGCAAUUACGAGAUUUAAAAAGUCUCCAACGUAAUUCUCAGUACCGAUUCCAUUAUACCGGAUGCCCUUAUGACAACAGGAACAUGUUGCAUUAGACAAAUAUCUACCUGUAUAUGAGUGUACGAGGCGUUAGUCGGAUCGUGUUGGCGUGUACAUACAUCCACAUUCCUCAUAAAAUGGCGAGUUGAGAGAAACGCAUGAGUUUCAUCGCUCGUCAUCGAACAAUUCGUCACGUUUCUUUCUACCCCGUUUACAUGCGAUCUUGCAAUCAAGAGACUUUUAUUGUUGUUACGUCACUCUUAUUAAGCUGCGGACGUGAUGGUCUAUCAUUGAUAUAAAGUCGACAAAAUGAUCGAAGAUAUUUUUUCGAGAAGACUUCGCGGAAGCAAUAAAUCUUUCUAUUGUACAAUUUUCUAUUUUGGGUCAUACGCUUCGUGAAUUGUUUUUUCGUCGUUCAAGGAUGCAUGCCAACUCGAUGCAACAAACCACCUUGGUACACGUGUAUGUACGUGCUCGCGAUUGUGCGUACGUAUGUAUCGCCUUCAGAUUUAUAUUUUGUUAUACUAAGCACGACGAGAGGAAAGGAUCGAGGAAUGCGAGUGAAGGACGUUUGGUAUCAUUUAAAUUCCCUUUCUGAAAUCUCCCGUUUAAACGUCCGACUAAAUAUUAUAAAUCGAGCUUCUCUCGAUCGCGCAUUCUAUGUGUGUCUCUUGAUCUUACGAGAUGUUUAGCGACAAGAGUUAAACGAUGUAGUGUCAAGGGCAGUAUAUAGUUUUAUCUGUGAUCCCGCGAAUGAAUUUUCCGCUAGUGGUUAAUUGGUCGUUUCAAUCGUAAACACACUGGAAGGAAAUACUUAAGCGUCUAUUAAAGAAAAACGCUAUUUGUGAAUCUAUCAUUCACAAUAACGGAAUUUCAUUGUUACGAUUAUCAACGUAAUUUAAAUAUUAAUUAAUAUAUAAUUGGUUUCCAUCGGAUAGUCGUUGCUUUCGAUGUAACUUACGCGCGUCUUUAUUGGCUAAAAAUACCGACUUUAAACGUCACAUAUUCAAAAUGUUACAAGAUUGGGACGGUGAAAUUGUAAAGUGAUUGAAAUCCCGGACCACAAACAUUGCAAACGUCGAAUUUAUUAAAUAUGAUGUUUUAAUGGAAAGACGUAACUAAAUAUAUAGCUCUAUCAAAAUGUAAGAUAAAAAUACAUAACAUAUAAAAGUAGAAUAGUUUAUAUUAAACUGUUAUAUCUAAACUGUUAUCUAAAAUGAAAUGUCUAUAUAUUAGUAUAUAUUUUGUAAGUGUUGCUAUCGAUUCUGUGAAACUGUCCUAGAUAUUGACGUUUCCAACGUUUCUCUCCAAAGAUUUAUUCGAGCGCUACGGUAUUAAUUCAGGGAUUUAUCUAAUUCCACGAAACAUUAGAUUAACGUUUCGUAGAAUAAGCGUAAGUAUUUCUUUCCAUAAUGGAACAGAUCGACGAUGGCGCACUUGUACCUGUGUCCAAUGUCAAACGCAAGAUACAUCAUUCUCAUCUGACCAAUUGCGACGGCUCUUCUUCAUUCCGUUAAAUGACGAUACGCGCGUGCGAAUUAGCCGCGUUUUACCUCUUUAAAAUCGAGAGUUGAAACUGAUGUGGUUUUGGCGAUUCAUUUUUCGGCAUAAUGAUGAUACAAAAAUAAAAGAAAGUUAUUUUUGUGCGUUCACAAUGUCGAAACGUGAACUUGCCUGAAAUUAUUUCGGUUUGAACUUCUGAGAAAAACGAUAACAUUCUCAGUGGAUGUUCACGAAAAUUCCACAUAGUAUUUUUACAUUCCGACGCAUUUGCGUCUUUACGUUCGAUGCGGCAGUCGAGACAAUUCGUCGGUGAGUUGCGUUUGACAUAUAAUUGAGAAUGCCUAUUUAUAAUAGAUAAUGAAUAUAAUAACUUAAUGGCAGUUAAUCCUGGAUGUGUCGAUGUGUAUAAUCUUAGAAUAAUGCGAAACGUUUUCUCAAGGAAGCUUAUCCCUCAUUUAAAUUAAUGACCGAGUUAAUAAUGCCUUUCAGUUUCGCUUUAGGUAUUUCCUAGUCGAGCGCGUUGUAUUUAGAUAUCCACGCAUUAUAAAUUCGAGCUACUACGUUUAACAGUUCGACAUUAUUAAAUUUUUGACACGCGUAAAAGAUGAAAUAAAGUAAAAGAAAUAAGUAACCGAUGAAAAUACAGUUCAGUGAGAAUGUUCAGAUAUAAUGUGUUCGAUCUGGAAAUGUUUGAAUGAAUGGAACUGCAAGACGUUAAUGACGUUAAUGUACAUCUUGCCUGACUCGAUCAAUUUUCCACCUCACAAAAAUGUGAGUUUUCGCAUCCUUCGUCAAAGUCCAAAACAUAUCGUCCAUUUCGUCUUGCCAAAGUCGUUGAAUAAAUCGAGGACUAAUCUUGCAUCACACAAGCGCAGUAGAAAUGGUUAACAAACUACUAGUAAAUGUCAGUGUAGGAAGACAAAAUCAAUAUCAGCAACGAAUCCAAUGACAUUUUUCUACUUUAGGCUACCAGGUUAAUUUUUUUUUAGGUAUAAAUUCUUCCGAUGGAAAGGAUAUCGCUUCGGUGAUAUAAUUACGUUACUUUUUUCUAUAAAUCCUUUCUGAGCGAGUACACAGUGAUGUCUGAAUGAUAAAAUUAAAUUAUCGAAAAAACAUUAUUCGUAUCUCUUCCUCAAAGAUUUCAAUCUUCCUAAUUUAAUCCUAAAUGUUAGAUCCGUGAAAGGAUUUCGUUGUUGACUGCAACUAAUUCUUAAUGUUACAAAUACGCAGAGCCAGAGUAAGGAAAUAGGUCAAGUCAUUACUUGUUUACCUUGUCGAGUAUUGAAUUUCUAUUCUGAUCAAACGUUUCCGAAAAGGAUAUAUUUUUAGAACCGAAAAAUAGAAAAUGGAAUACAAAAGCGAAAAAAUAAAUAAUGA